UUUCCGAAUCGCCAGGUGACUGUUCAAGCCACUUGUUUGACGCUAACAGCCAUGACGGUUGACCGUUACUAUUUGAUAGUACACGCAGUCAAGUCUCGAAACACACGCACUGUGAUGAAAGCUGUAGUCAUCAAUGUGGCAAUCUGGAUCUUCUCUUCUUUGAUUCAUCUCGCGACCCCUGUCUUCACAGCGGUUGACUCAGACAGCAAUUGUGCCAAUACGUUCCCGAAUCCAGACGUAGAUGCUAAAAUCUACGGAGUGUAUGCCUUCUUGGGAAUGUACAUCAUCCCACUGAUGUUGAUUAUGUUCUGCUACGCGAAAAUUCUCAUUCAAAUCUGGCAAAAAACUUCGGGUGGAACGGAGAGCGCACAAGCCCACACCCGUGCCCUGAAAAGGAAAAGGAAAAUCACACGAAUGGUACUUAUUGUGGUAGUUCUAUUCGCGUUCUGCUGGGCGCCACUUCAAAUAUUCAUCAUCUGGACGAAUUUUAAUUAUGCCCAAGUGUCAGAGAUGAGGAAAGACGUUUUCCUUUUUCUGCGAGGUUCAUUCCAAUGUAUGGCGUACGCCAAUAGUUGCGUGAACCCAUUUGUGUACGCGUUCACAACGACAAGCUUCAGAAAAUACUUCAGAAAAAUGUUCGCAACGUGCCGUGGAAACGUCUACAAGGAUCGCACUAGUAUCAGCAUCAGUAUGACAACUAAGACAGAGAGAUUAGCAGCUGAAGAAGAUUCUUCAAUUUAAAACAGUGUGGAUGAAACAACAAGACAUUCUUAAAGCAGGAACACAUCAUACAGAAUGAGAACACACAACGAAAUAGAGAGGUUUACGGGACCGUUUGUAGUGGAUAUAGUAGAGCAUCGUGUGUAUUCAGAGCAGUGUUUGUAUUUUGUGUUUGAUACCGGUUAAGGUAAGAAAACAUUGGAAAUUGGAAACCGAUACAUGCAGAAGGAACAACGGAACACGAAAACGCUCUCAGUUUACUUGAACUAGGUCAUUUCUGAAACGGGAAACGCGGAUGUCGUGGGCAUCAUCGAAGAGCCGAGAGCCAAACGGACCAAACGGAGGAGAAACAACAGGCACGCUUUGAUUGCCCUUCCUCCUUUUCAAUCAGCCAGCCAGCCGAGCUUCCUUCUUCGGGCAACCCCUUUCCCCUCUGUGUGUGUCGUCUCCCUGUUAGUAUGCUAAUUUUUAACUAGCAAAGGGUCAAGUAACGCAUUGGAAAAUCCAAAGGGCAACACUGGGUAAUGAGUUAAUCCACUGAGUAAGUGUAGACAAUGAUUUACAAAGCAUGCUUUAAAGGGGGCGAACGCAACAAAAAAAUUAUAUGUGUGUAUAAACUACAUAAAAUACGGGGGUGGCUAGAUGGAAAUGUGAUAGAGAGGUUGCCAGGUAUAAUGGUAUAUUAUUUUUAAAGACGGAGACAUAAACUCGGUAAUGUUUUCAAUGAAAGAGGAAGACGAAAUUAAAUUAGCAUUACAUAAUUGGUUUUGCUAGCAAAACAAAGUUGCUGGCAGUGUAAGCACUUUAUGUAAUCCACCAUUGAUAUAGACUGACAAGCCUGUAUAAGUUUGCGAUUGGUCGGCCAUCUGGGUCACGAGAGAAUAGUGAAAAAACAUUAUCAUACAUUUCGCUUUGCGACGAUGCCAAAGCAAACAUAUAAUAGAACGCUCACUGAGCAAUAAACCCCAAACACGAAACUAGAUUAUUUAUUUCUCAUUAUCUUUGCACUUCAGACAUAAAUAUUUCAAGGGAUAUUUUCUGCUAUUAUUUAUCAUCAUCAGUAUAUCGUGUAAGUUUUAUGUAAAACUGUGAUCUUCGCGAUUUGUUUGUUUUUUACCAAUUAUGUAUAUACAAAUCUACGCAAAUACUAAUGUGUGUAAAGUGGAUGUAUUAAAAUGUGCUGAUUAUCCGUCCAGUUUCAGUGAGACCCAUGUAUGUGUUGAACUCAAAUCAAGCAUACUUUAAAACUGGGUGGUCUCCUAGAUAACUAGAUGCAUGUUCGCAGGCUAUGGCAUCACAGCGACAUCAUUGACUCGUGACAGGGAAGUAGAAACAAACACUUCUAAUUGUAACCAUGUGAACAUUGAACAUGACCUAAAUAUAGCCACCAUGUGAUCAAUAUUUAUUGAAUCUUUAACAGCAGUCACAGCACAAUACUUAACCUGAUUUCCAGCACCUUCUUAUCUGAGGCAUUUACCAUGCGCUUGCCCGCACUCACAUAAUUCGAACGGGCAGACAAGCGCAAACCGAAUGUUCAAAAUUGUACAGAAACAGGCCAAGUGCGAGUGCUAUUUGGUUGCGACAAAGACCAUUAAAUGGCUCCACUGGGCUGAGCUUUCAAUAUUUGACUUAAUUUACGCUUUCCUCGGAUGAAAUUUACAACAAUUGGAAACUAGACCUAAUGUGAUUUAGUUUUGACAUCUUCUGAAAUCAAAGACAAUAUUUGUUCUGACUUGAAAACGUCUUCAAGAAUACAUUGACAACAACUUAAGCAAAGUCAUCCCUGGAUUAUUCUGGAAAUUUUAUCUAAUAUGAUUUUGUGCCCGUUAAGGGGGUGACUUUGGAAACAGCCAACGUCGAAUAACAAUGCAAAUCAAAUCGCCUAGAUAUCGUUUUGUUUAGAACAUCAAAUGAAAAUAUAAUUCAAAAUGAGCUCAAACGUUUAUGUAUACUAAGCAGUAUUUGUGAUAGCAGUGCUGGAAACACCCGAUAACUUUAUUCCAAAUGGCGCAAAAGGGUCAAUAAUAAUAUUACCACACGAUCCAAUUAAAAGUGUUGAACAAAAUAUGUUAAUAUCCCAAUAGAGACAUUACAUGCCCAUAAUCUGCCAAGGUUAUUUAAGUCCAACCACAUCGUAAAAUAUAUUUAGUGAAACACUCCUGUAAAAAAAAAAUAACAACAACAACAACAACAACAACACAGUUUUAGGGUAUAAAUUAAUUCGAUCACAACCCCCACUUCACUUUGGAUGCAUUAAUUGAUAUGUGAUAAUGUGUUAAAGGCAGUGGACACUAUUGGUAAUUGUCAAAGACUAGCCUUCAUAGUUGGUGUAUCUCAACAUCUACA